UCUGGGGGCAUUUUGCAGACAGCUCAUUGUCUGUGUGCGCUGCGGGUUAGUGAACGGGCGGGCGAUGGGCCGGUCCAAAGGUGCAGUGUUAGUUUUCUCUUUUUUCAGCCUCUACCGCCCUGCGCCCGGGGACGUGUGAGUGUUAGCAGAGCUGGAUCUGCAGAAUGCUGGCGUUGCGUUGAAGGUGGACGGAGAUCCGAAGGGUCUGACAAGAAGUCUUUUCUGCACUUCGCUUAGUGUAGUAGUGCUGCGUGUACACGUUGCAGAGCCGGUAUAUGAUGGCUUGUUCCGCCUGGCUGGUUUUGGCUGUAUUCCUCAUUUCCUGUGACUGUGGAUCAUUGAUCUGCCUACCAGAGUGUCACUGUGAAGUGGAAAGUUUUGGGAUGUUCAGUAGUUUCAGUCUUACAAAAGUUGACUGCAGUGGUGUUGGGCCCCAACUUACUGUAGUCCCAAUUCCAUUGGAUACCUCUUACCUGGACUUGUCACACAACCACUUGAAGGCCAUCUCACCCUUGAUGUUCACUGGACCUGGCUACACAACACUGGUGAGCCUUGAUCUUAGCUACAAUGACAUCACUGGCAUGUCCUCCAGCACUUUCUCCAAACUGAGGUACCUCGAGGCCUUAAACCUGAGUCAUAACACCCUGGAAGUCCUCGAAGAGGGGAUCUUUUCCAGCUUGCCCCUCGGAGAAGUUGAUCUUAGCAGCAACCAGCUCCAUAACGUAAACCUGGACACGUUCAUGUCCAAAGGCCAGAUGAAACCCCUGAGUGUGGACCUUUCAAGGAAUCAAAUAGCCACAAUUGUCCGAAGUUUGGAUAAGGCUGUGCCCAAUAUCCAUAGCUUGGACUUAUCGGGAAACCAAUUAAGUGCAGUGCCAACACGUUACCUUUCAGGCAUCCCGUUGCGCUAUCUCAGACUGGGCCAGAAUUUAAUCGCCAACAUUCCCGAGAAUGCUUUCGUGGGAUUGCCGGACCUGACCCAUUUGUGCCUCCGGAGUCUUCCAGAACUGACCGAGUUGUCUCCCAGCAGCUUUCAAGGGCUGCAGAGCCUGCAAACCCUGGACUUGUCGCACAGCAGCAACCUGAAGUCCUUAAACGUGGCCGUGUUCGACGGCCUGAGCUCCCUGCAGGAGCUCCGCUUGGAAAAGUCUGGGCUUGCCGCACUGCCGGGUGCCAUUCUGAACUACCUGCACUCCAUCAAGACCAUCGCCGUGGGAGACAACCUGCUGAGGUGCAGGAGGAGGACAAUGGAAGGCUCCUUCCACAGGCAGUUUGGCUUUGUUAAGAAGGAGCAGUCACUUCAUUGCUUUGACACUACUGGGUCUUCAGACGUUCAGUACAUCUUAAACCUGAAAUGAGCCAAAUCUGAACUUAAAGCGGUGAAACCUGAGCCUUGGUGCCUGAUUAAAACUAUUAAGUGCCUUCAUUCAUUAAACUUCCUAAAUUUCUAGCAUCCAUCCAAUCUUUUAUAACACCUGCUCUUUCUCUUUCUUGUGUGCGCUUGUAUUUAUGUGGAGUUUCCCUUCAUGUUUGGGAAGUUGGCGCCCGUACACUUUUUCCAAUAAUAAAGACACAGUCGUAACCAAA